AUGGCGGACGUACACAACGGUGGCAGAAUCGUGCCUGUAAUGGCCACUCGCCAGCCUUACUCCAACACUCCUCCCUCUUCCUCCGAUGAGGCUACCUCCGAGCAAUCGUCUCAAGAAACGCCUCAGGUGCUGCCACAAGACCGCCCGCAAUCCAGAUCCUCCCGAACCACCCGGGCCAAACAGACCGAGACCGAAUGCCUGGAGCUUCCGUGUCUCAAGAAACUCGGCCUCUAUGCUCUUCCUACCGAGGGUGAUGGAAAUUGCCUCUACUAUGCCUUCUCCGAUCAACUGUAUGGAGACUUCUCCCACGCCGACGAAAUCCGUAUCCGCCUCGCCGAUCACAUCGCUGCCAAUCGCGAUUACUUCAUUAGUUUCAUUGCCGCGGUAGGCGGGGAGCGUCGAGCCCCCAGACGGGCCGCCGCCUCGGCCGCCCGAUAUGCUUAUUGCUCUUCGUCAUCUGCGAGUCCCGCACCUCCCUCCAAUACCCCGUCCACAAAGGACAAAGAACGUAGCUUUGAUUCCAAGGUGGCCGAGUCCCGGAAGAGAGGCGUAUGGGGAGGAGCCGAGGAGAUUCAGGCAUUUUGCCAGUCGUUCAAGAAAGACGUGAACGUCUACACCAUGUAUGGCAUCCAGAAUUUCCGUGACGUCCAUGCUCCAGACGAGGAAGAACGGGAUAUCGUUCACAUCGCGUUCCACGAUUUCCAUCAUUAUUCGUCUGUCCGGCAUAGCAAUGGCCCCCAUACCGGCUUGCCGGAUAUUCCCAAGUUCGAAAGCGAACUUCAGAAAGAAGCGUCAACUACUAGCGCGACUGUUGUAGAGAUGGCUUCUCCAUGGAAGAUAUCCGCUAUCCAAGAGGGAUUGGGUGGGAAGUACAACAGAGACGCCAUCAUCGAAAUGCUUCAGCAAUGCCGCGGCAAUAUUGAUAGUGCAUUUAUCAAUCUCCUCGGCGAAGCUUCCAACGGGAGCCUGCCCGAGUCUACUACGUCCCGGGCUAUCAUGAAAUCUCACCUGCAACCUUCUUCGCGUUCCUCGUCACCUUUCAGUACCGGAAGCAAGCGGUCGGCGGAUGAUAGCGACGCGGACGACGAUCCUCGACCUGCGGUACGCCGCACACGAGUGCGGGAACGCAAGAGGCGUAUCCUUCCAGAUGUGACGGUUGGGAUCGCCUUCCGAGACGAACAGAACGACCUGGUCUCAUUACGACUUCGAGUCAGCCCAGAUGCCACAGAAGACAGUGCAGUCGGGCCCGCUACUCCACAGACUGAGAGUGAUUCGGUCAUCUCGCGGCCUGAUCGAACCGGACUCUCAGAUAAAAACAGAAGAAUCCUCCGACGGAGAGCAGUUUCAAGUGAGACGGCCAGCCAACCGGCUGAGUCAAAUGACGAACACAAACCGCGACGAAGUCAGCGUCUCACAAGAACCCGCAAUCCUAACCCACUCUAA